CACCGUCCACAUCACAAUGUCCCUGCCACGCCUGCCGUACCAAGUAGUCAACGCGUUCGCGCCCACCCCGCACGCGGGUAACCAGGCGUCCGUGGUCCUUCUUCCCGCGGGCGACCCGCGCGCCAGCGACGACGGGUACCUCCAGGCCGUCGCGGCGGAUUUCAACCUCGCAGAGACGGCGUACCUGGAGCCGAUUGACGCGGAGGCCAAGGUGCCAGUCUACUCGCUGCGGUGGUUCACCCCGGUCGAAGAAGUGCCCUUGUGCGGACAUGCAACCCUCGCCUCCGCACACGUCCUCUUCGGCCUCCACCCCACCGCGAACGAACUGGCCUUCGAGACGCGCUUCCGCGGCACGCUGCGCGCGCACCGCGAGGGCGAGCUCGUGCGCCUCGACCUCCCCAUUGCCGAGGUGGAGCCCAACACCGACCCCCGCCUGGGCGCCGUAGUGGCCUCUGCGCUUGGGUUCGAUGAGGGGGAUAUCGUCCGUAUCGGGGUGUAUGACUACGGUGGUCCCAGCCCCGUGGUGCAGAUCAAGCCCGAGGUCGAUCUGGGCAAGCUCGAGAUCAAUCUCUCCAAGCUGGAGGACAAGAUCCCCGUCAUCCUCGUGCUGACCCAGCUGGACGGCACGACAGGCGACGCGAUCAAAGCCAACGCGCGCGUGUUCGACCCGUACAUCCCAGACCCAGAGGAUCCUGUCACCGGCUCAGCGUGGGCCACAUUGACGGGAUACUACCUCACUGGGCUGGGCAAGGCGGACGCCCAGGCGCUCGUGGGGGACAGACGGCUCGAGGAUGUCCCAAUCGACGCGCACCAGCUCAGCGCGCGUGGUGGAGGCAUGACCUGCCGCCUUGUUGACGGGCGGGCGCACCUCGUCGGGCGGGGGUGGCGGACGCACGUCGGCGAGCUCGAGGUGCUUUGACAAGGAUGAAACAGGAACGAUCAAUGAUCUGCAUGGCAUGACUACGGG